AUGCUGGAGUCCUACGUGACGCCGCUCUUGAUGAGCUAUGUGAACAAGUACAUCAAGAACCUGAAGCCCUCCGACCUGCAGCUUUCUCUAUGGGGAGGGGACGUGGUGCUCAGCAAGUUGGACCUGAAGCUGGAUGUGUUGGAGCAGGAGUUGAAGCUGCCGUUUACAUUCAUGAGUGGGCAUAUCCAUGAGCUACGAAUCCACGUUCCUUGGACCAAGCUGGGCUCAGAGCCUGUCGUUAUCACCAUCAACACCAUGGAGUGUAUCCUCAAGCUAAAAGAUGGAGAACAGGAUGACCAUGACAGCUGCUCCAGCUCUACUAGUCGCAGUGUCUCAGACAGCUCCAAGUCCACCGCCAAACCCCGCCGCCUCCAACAAGCAGCACCCAGUGACCCUGACCUGCCACCAGGUUAUGUGCAGAGUCUAAUCCGACGUGUGGUAAACAACGUGAACAUCGUGGUGAACAACCUGAUUCUGAAAUACGUUGAAGACGACAUCGUGCUCUCGGUCAACAUCACCUCAGCUGAGUGCUACACUGUGGACGACAUCUGGGAGAGGGCUUUCAUGGACAUAACUGCCCCAGAGCUGGUCCUAAGAAAAGUGAUAAACUUUGCUGACUGUACUGUGUGCUUGGAUAAGAGGAACGCCAGCGGGAAGAUCGAGUUUUACCAGGAUCCUCUGUUGUAUAAAUGCUCCUUCAGAACCCGCCUCCAUUUCACGUACGACAGCAUCAGCUCCAAGAUCCCGGCUGUCAUCAAAAUUCACACAAUGGUGGAGAGCCUGAAGUUAUCCAUCACUGAUCAGCAGCUGCCCAUGUUUAUCCGAAUCUUAGAGCUGAUUAUCGCUCUUUACUACGGAGAGAUAGGAGGGCACAAAGAGAGCGAGGCGGAGGAGGGCAGCGGUCAGUUAAGGGAAGGCGGAGCAAGUUCUCCCGGCACUGAUGCUGAAAUGGAAAGUUUGGGCUCCAGCCAGUAUUCCAGCCAGGAGCUUUACAUGGAGUCUGGGAGCCCUGAAGAUGCAGAUCAGGGUUGGAUGUCCUGGGCUUGGUCCUUUGUCCCUGCCAUCGUAGGAGCAGAGGAAGAAGGGGAGGGAGGCCUCUACAGCCAGGGGGAAACUGAAGGCCUUUCCAACAACCCUCAGCAGCACACGUCUAAAGACCCCAUUGUUUCCAUAGGCUUCUACUGCACCAAAGCUUCGAUAACCUUCAAGUUGACAGAUACACAGUUGGAGAGCAGCUACUACAGUCCUCAGAAAGUCAAAUCCAGAGAGGUUCUGUGUUUGGAGCAGGAGGGAAUCACCAUUGAGGUGCUCAUGAUGGGGGAACCCUUCUUUAACUGCCAGAUCGGAUUCGUCGGCUGCCGGGCUCUGUGCCUGAAAGGCAUCAUGGGAGUUCGAGACUUUGAAGAAAAUCUGAACAGACGUGAGGAGGAUGCAGUGUUCUUCAGCUGUGGAGACAAUCUAAAGAGUAAAGGAAUGACCUACCUUACCAACUCCUUGUUUGACUACCGCAGUCCAGAGAACAAUGGAGUAAAAGCAGAGUUCAUCCUAGACUCUGCUAAUCACAAGGAGACCUACACAGAGAUAGCGGGCAUGCAGCGCUUUGGGGCUUUCUACAUGGAUUAUCUCUACACAAUGGAGAACAGCAGCUCCAAAGAUCAGGACUUUGCUGCGUUGACUACAGAGGAGUUGGUUCCUGCAGCUCAAGAGAUCUCCGUGAAGAGGCUGGUGGUCGGACCUCUGGACAUCAGGCUGCACAGUAGUGCCGUCCACCGCAUCCUCAAGAUGAUCACCUGUGCCAUGGAUCAUGAAUAUGAGCCUUAUUGCAAACCACAGCAAGAAGUAACUGAGGCGUGCCAUGGUCCAUCAACCCCAGAGGAGAUUUCUCGUUUAGAGGAGUUCAUCCCGACCAGACUCACUUCCGUCACUCUGCUCCAAGUCUCUGUGACUGUCUCAAUGGCGGAGUUCAACCUUCUUCACACCCUUCUUCCCGUCAUUAUGGGAUAUAAGGCUACUCCAAGACCGGCCUCUGUUCCAGUGUUUCAGCCGCUGCACCCGCUACCCUCCGUUCAGUUUCAGGUUGAAAGGGUGAAUUUUGACCACUCUGUCCCAAUGUACGGUCCAGAGCUGGUCAGUACCGUCAGCAGCCUUAGCCAGCCCCCAGACAACCUGCUGCAUCACUGCUAUGCACAUCUCUACCUCAAGGUGUUUGGGUUCCAGGCGGGCUUAACAUGCCAGGACCGCACGGGGAGCUUUCUGCCUCUCAUCUCCAUCAUCCCUGCCUUCAGCACAGCCAUCUAUGGGAAGCUCAUACAGCUGCCUGCUCUUUGGAGCAAAAGGUCAUCGGUUCCCACCGCAGAGUGCAUCCUGGAGCUUCCUCACUUCGCCGUUCAGGCGACAAGGCCUCAGACACUUUUGCUUCAAGCAAUAUGUCAGAGCUGGACCCACAGUAUGGUCCAUGGAUCCCCAGUGAUCAGUGAAAGUCUGCACAAUGAGGUGUUUAAAGUUACAGGUGUGAAAUAUCCAGGCCCGUCACCGACUCUCGAGGGCUUGGUCCAAAAUCUGGAGCUGAAGUUCUGCAGCCGCUCAAUGGUGAAAUGUGCCUCGGGAACUGUGGGAGCUGUAAAAGUGUGCGCCAGGACCCCAGGUUCAGAGGAGGGCGUAAAGGAGAAGCUGGUUCCACUUAUUCAGGGCCCGUCUGACACCAAAGAACUUCAUACGAGUCGCUGGCUUAAUGAGAUUCGCAAGCCUGAAUCCUUAUUGGCACCGGACCUGCUGGCGUUUUCUGUUCAAGUACCUCAGCAAGGAGAAGAUUGCAGGAACUCAGGUGCGGUCCUACUGGUCAGUGUCCAGGGCAUAGCUGUAAAUGUGGACCCAAUCAUCUGCACAUGGUUACUGUAUCAGCCUCACAGAGGGAGCAGCAGGAAGCAGCAACAGAAUCCAGGUCCAGUUCCUUUGGCCAAGAGGAGAGAAGAUGAAGUGUCUGUGGGGAGUGCACCACUGGGCAUACAGCCCUCCAAUCAGGCCUCAGACUAUGCAAGCAGCCCCAUGAAGACCAAAACAGUCACAGAAUCACGCCCCAUGUCCAUACCAAUGAAGGUCAUACCGGACACUGCAAUCGACGGGUCUUGGACGACGUCCGAUGAACAAAUGAAGGAACUUUUCAGUCAUGCCUGGGAUGCUGUCAAGCGACUUACUGUUCAGUUGGAUUUACAGUCAUGCUGCGUAUUCCUGCCAAACGACAGCCUCCCGUCUCCGAGCACCAUCGUCUGCGGCGACAUUCCCGGCACUGUCCGCAGCUGGUACCACAACCAGGCCUCUAUGCCCGGGACUCUGGUUGUCUGUUUGCCUCAGAUCAGCGUCCUCAGUGCUGGACAUAAAUAUAUGGAGCCUCUGCAGGAGCUUCCCUUCGUCGUCUCAAAGCCCAUCUUAGAGGAAGGUGAUGCCUUCCCAUGGACCAUCAGCCUGAGUCAGUUCAGCGUAUACACCUUGCUGGGAAAGCAGCAGAGCCUCAGCCUGUUGGAGCCCAUGGGAUGUACUUCCACUCUGGCCGUCACGUCUAAACUGCAGGGCAGCUCUGAGGAAAGGCCCUCCUUUGUAGUCUGCCUCCAUGUUGACUUGCAGCCUGUCCAUGUCAAGAGCUCCAACUCUCAGGUGCAGCUUUUAUACGAGCUCUUUCUCAGCUGGAGCUGCACAUGGGCUCGUCUCCAGAAACACGGUGUUCUGCGUCAGACCUCCAGCAUCCCGGACCCCCCUGCUGGUGUUGCUCCAUCCUCCCCAGUGCGCAGCAGCGCAGGCACGGCUCUCCCCGACACCAGCACCUGCAGCCCCUCCGCAGACUUCGGCUCCCCCACCGAGGACGACUCAGUGCCGGCUGGAGAUGAUGGUCCGUUUGCAGACACGGUGACUCUGGAGCAACAAACCAGCAGCAUCGAGGGAACCAGUGGGAAGGUCAGCCUUUGGAUGCAGUGGAUGUUACCUAAGGUCACUGUCCAACUAUUUGCUACCGACCCAGCUGCAAGAAAAUCAGAAAUCCGUGUGAUCAGUGAACUAGAAGAUCUUAGCGCCUCGGUUGAUAUCCAAGACGUCUACACAAAGAUCAAGUGUAAAGUGGGCAGCUUCAACAUUGAUCACUACCGAUGCAGUAUGGAGGAGGGUGUUCGGACCCCGGGCGGCUGCGGAGGAGUGGUCCUCUCUUGCACUGACAAGCUGAACAGACGUACUGUGUUGGUUCGACCCGUCAGCAAGCAAGCCUCUUUCAGCCACUUCUCUGGCUUUUCCCCUCCUAUGGCAGCUAAAAUCCUGGAAGGUUCUCAUCAGCAGCAUGGCUUCCUGUCAAUCACCUACACUCAAGCCGUUACUAAAAAUGUCCGACACAAACUCGUCACCCGACUCGAGCGCCUGUCACGCAGCAGCAUGACCACUGCAAGCCAGAGGAUCGCCGGCGAGCUCCUGGGAGACGGCUCGCCUCAGUAUCUGAGGGAGAUCCUGCUGACUGCGCAACCUUUCGACGUCGUUUUAUUUUGUCCCUUACUGGCUACUGUAGCAGGAGUAUUUCAGACUACCGUCCCACGGCGCUACAGGGAGCGUGGGAAGUCAGCCGGUCAGCCCAUGCGGAGCCACACUUUGACUUCUAGGUGUUUACCUCUAAUUUACAUCAACACCAGUGGGAUCAGAGUUUUCUGCCACGGAGCUCAAGACAAACAUGCAGCUUCAGACUCCAGUGAGAAGAAGGAAGACACGGUGGUGUUAAAGCUGGGUUCCCUCAGCGUGGCUCCGCAGGCUGACAACCCUCUGACCCGCACCGUGCUCCGAAAAGAUAUCUAUCAACGAGCGUUCAACCUGGGCAUUUUGCGCGACCCAGGCUCAGAGGUAGAGGAUCGUCAGUAUCAGAUUGAUCUCCAGUCUAUCAGCAUCGGUACGGCUCUGUGGGAACAGCUCAAGCCAGAGAAGGAGGGAACUAAAGGAGGGGUUUCAGCAGAAAGUGAGAGGAGCUCUCAGAAUCCAGCCCUGGAGUGGAACAUGGCUAGCAGCAUCAGGCGGCAGCAGGAGCGGCGAGCUAUCCUGACGCCCAUCUUGACUGACUUCUCUGUCCGGGUGACUGCUGCUCCUGCCAUCAUCUUCAGCAAAAUUCUCUCUCCUGAGUGCGGGCAGGCAGAGGAAGUGGUGGUGUGUGGCCACUCUCUGGAGGUGAACGUGACCAGCAGUCUGGAUUUCUAUCUUAGUGUGGCCCAGGUGCAGCUUCUCCAGCAGCUCCUACGAGACAACAUGGUGGGAUCAAAUGCUUCAGAGAAAAGUUCAGAGGUAAGGAGACAAGACCAAAAGGGCGCCCACCAAGCUCCUUCAGCAGGUGCGGAUUGCUCAUCUCGCCACAGUGGGACUGGACAAGACAGCGGCUUUGGCAGCGACAGCGCCCACAUUCGCAUCGUCCAAAUAGAGCAGCAAAGCGGGACCAGUCAUCAUUGCAUCGCCAGGCCGUCUCGCAAAUCAACCAUCACUAAAAACCUCACCUUCAUCCCUUUUGACAUCUUUCUUACUGCCAGUAAACUAUCUGUAAUGACUUAUCAUUGUUCGAGUACGCCUAAAUCUCUCCUUACAUCGUCUGAUGCACCCUCUACACCAGAGAAGAAAGACCCUGAGGAUAAGGUGGGGAAGAGCCUCCUAAAUCAUCCUGAGAUCAUGUCGGACUCUCCCUCAGCUUCCCCAACUCCUGAACAAAUCCCUGCUGUCCAGGAUUCCCUUGCUGUGCUGACUGCAGACGACAUCCUCAACAGCAACACCUCCCAGCCACCUUCUCCACUAAUUAAAGGAAGCUUGCUUUCACUUGAUGGUCUCCCCACUCCGACCCGCUCCUCAGCACGCCAAGCCCUAGGCCUUACCAUAGUGAGGCAGCCCGGGAGAAGAGGGACAGGUGAUCAGGUGUUAGAGCCACUGUUAUUCCUCCAGCUUAUGCAGCCUUCAGUUCUACUUAGCUGCCAUCACCGAAAGCAAAAGAUGGAGCUUUCUGUGUUUGACGUGUCCCUGAGAGGAGUGCCUUCUGACUACAAGUGCCUAGACCCAGGAAAGACUCUUCCAGAAACUCUGGACUACAACGUGCCCUGGCUGCAGACAGUGGCAGCGGAGGUCGACAGUAGAACAGGCGUCCCUCCUCCUCUGCUUUGCUUCCAGAUCAAAGAUUUCCUCAAUGGACCAGCGGAGGUCAACUUGGAACUCUCCCGCCCCCUGAAAGUCAACCCCACUCUGAUCAAACUGGAGCAGGCCAAAGCCUACCUGCAGAAAGUUUUGCCGAACUACAUGUGGGAAAGCUCCAGUAAAACAGCCUCGGCCUUUUCCUCUCCUCACUCAUCUCCUAAAAAGACGCCUCACCGGGCCUUUCCUUCUCGUUUGGACCCACAACACGAAUCCUCCUCCCUGGGUAAAGCCAGCAAGGCCAGGAACCUGUCCUUCCACAAAGUCUCUCUUCACACCAAACAGAUUGUUGUAGUCAUGGAGACGGAUAACACUCCAAUGAGACCCAGCGUGUCAGUAUCAGUGUCGGCCAUGACGGCUUGUCUGGUCAUGAAGUUGGGACCUCGGAUCGAUGACCAGCUUGAGUCUGCUUCCGUCCUCCUGACCUUGAAAGAUGCGCUGGUGAAAACUGGACUGAGGGACCGGAGCCACGUGCUCCUGGGACCCUUUUCCUGCAGCAGCUCCAUUGAAGCUCGGUGGUGUCGGCACAGCGGCAGCCCUGGACCAGAGCCCGGCCCUCCCAAACUGCUCCUGGACCUGAAGGGAGGUCUGCUGCAGGUUUUUUGGGGCCAGGAACAUUUCAACUGUCUGAUGCUGGUGGAGGAGCAUCUCCGUAAAUACCUCCAUCUCCACAAAGAGGAUUCCAACACCAGUUGGUCUAAAGGGAAGGCCUGUCAUACCCAGCCUCCUCCCUCUCCGGUCGCUCCGUCUCCGAGGACAGAGCACAGCUCAGAUGAUCUGCGAACAGGAAACUUUCAAUACAUUCAGGACUCAGGAUCCCAGAAACUGCCAGGAGCCAAUGAGGUGGUGUUUUACAGUGAGACGGAUGACAGCCCUGGGGUGAUGCUGUGGAGGUACCCUGAACCUCGUGUUCUCACCUUCGUCAGGAUCACACCUAUUCCCUUCAACACCACGGAAGACCCGGACAUAAGUACAGCUUAUUUAGGAGACGUCCUACAGGUACCAUGCAGUCUGGAGUACUGGGAUGAGCUCCAGCAGGCCUUUGUUUCAUACCGGGAGUUCAGCUUGUCAGAAAGCCGUGCCUGCCAGCUGCAGCUGCCCAGCCUGAGCCUCACUGAUCAGCAGAAAGAGCUGGUGGCCUCGGACCUCUGGAGGAUCGUCCUCAACCAUAACGCAGAGGGAGGCGAUGAGCAGAGCUCUGAUAGUGACUGUGGGUCUCAGCCUCCAUGCGAUCAGCUGGUAUCACCGAUAGCGCUGGCAGCCUGUACCCGUGUGGACUCCUGUUUCGCUCCCUGGUUCGUCCCCUCGCUCGGUGUUUCCUUACAACUAGCAAAGCUGGAAGUUCACCUGUGCCACCACCUCGAGCAGCUGGGUACAGUUCCAUCAAGGAAACUUCAUCCCUUCCUGCCCGACAGGAAGUUACCUCAAGAGCAAGAGUUCAUGGUGAUUGGUUCUCGGGAGCCCCAGGUCUUCAUGCGUCAGUGGAACAACGGGCCUCGCCGCUGUCAGGAGAUGAGCUUUUCCACACAGCUGGACUGCAAACUGCUGGAGUACCGAAACUUAACGCACCUGCAGCUUCUUCAGUCUUGUGCGCUUAAGGGGCAGGCCACCGCUAUCAGCUGCCCCCAGAACUCCUCUUUAGCUGUUGAUGUGUUUGUGGAUCCUGUGCUCCUUAAUAUCAGCCAGUAUGCCAUCCAUACCGUGGACGCCGCGCUGCUAAGCUGGCAACAGAACGGGAAACAGGAUGCAGAGGAGCUGCUCUACAGUCACUAUGUGAUCUGUAAUGACACAAAUGAGACUCUGCGCUUUGGCCAAGUGGACACGGAUGAGAAUAUACUGCUGGCCAGCCUCCACAGCCACCAGUACAGCUGGAGAUCCCAUAAGUCAGCUCAGCUCCUGCACAUCUGCAUCGAGGGCUGGGGCAACUGGCGCUGGUCUGAGCCGUUCAGCGUGGACAACGUUGGGACUCUGAUCCGGACCAUUCAGUAUAAAGGACGCACCGCCUCACUCAUAAUCAAGGUGCUGCAGCUCAGUGGCGUCCAGAAACAGAUAAUAAUCUGCGGGCGGCAAGUGAUGUGCAGCUACCUGACGCAGGACAUCGAACUGCGGGUGGUGCAGUACUACGUGGGAGCGGACGGUCAGACGGUGGUCAGAGAGCACUGUGACUGCCUGCAGGCGGGAGCUAAACUGCCCUCCUAUGUGCUGGAAGAUGCAGAGAUGACUGAGCUGUGCAUGAGAGCCCGUGGAGACGAGGACUGGUCCCAGGAUGUUCAGCUGGAGCAAAGGGAAAAGGGCAGGAGCAGCAGCUCUGUUGUUCAGGUGGCCUGCUCCAGCGGAUCUUUGCUUUAUGUCUGGUGCACUCUGAUUACUGUGGAGCCCAACUCACACAUGCAGCAGCGGCUGGUGAUUUUCAGUCCCCUGUUUGUCAUGAGGAGCCACUUGCCAGAACCUCUAGUUGUCCAGAUAGAGAAAAGGAGUCUAGGGCUGAAAGAGAGUCAGCUGAUACGAGGACAAGGCCAUGAGGAACCCCUCUUAAACACAGAGGCAGAGCUCACUCACCACCUCAUUUUCCAGGCCAGGGAGGAUAAGGAUGCUUCACACUGCGCCAUACCCAUCUCCACCAGCCUGAUCAAACAGAUAGUGAACAAGACGGGGAAUGAAGACAACCCAGAACACAUCCUGGCUGAUUUCUACAGUCCAAAGAGCACCACAGAGUCGCCAUGGCCUUAUGUUACCAAGGACCCUGACAGGUCAGGGCUGGAGCCUCUUUCUCAGUGGGACAGCCCCAUGCAGGUGAAACUGUCCCGCUGGAAAUCUGGUCUGAGCACUCUGCUGGUGGAGCUCCUGCCGUGGGCUCUCAUGGUCAAUGACUCCCAGUGGGACCUGUGGCUUUUUGAGGGAGAGACCAUCGUACUGCAGAUACCAGCCGGCAAAGUCAUCGCACCACCAAACUUUAAGGAAGCUUUUCAGAUUGGCAUCUACUGGGCCCACACCAACACAGUCCACAAGUCCACGGCGCUGAAACUGGUCCACGACCUGACCUCUCCUCGAUGGAAGGAGGGAACAGGCUCUGUGGUGGUCACUCUGGAUGAGGAGGCAUUCGUUGAGGUCGACAUCGCUUUGGGAGCCUCUUCAGGGAAGCAGACGGUGUGCCAGUUCUGUGUGUCCUCUAUAAUCAGACAUGGAGUCCAGAUCCUGCAGAUAGAGGACAGAACGAUUCUUGUCAACAACACGCCUUACAGCGUACACUACAGGCCUCUGUUGACUAACCGCCACUUAGGUGGCUGUGAACAGGUCUGUGAGAUACCAGAGAGCUCCGUGUUCACCCUCCCUUCCCGUGAUGAGCGCUCUGUGGCGAAGCCGUGCUCCGUGCCAUGCUGGGACCGUCUUCCAGUCGGUGUCCAGGGGAAGGCGGAGUUCGCUUUGCCUCUCAGACACAUGUGUUUCAGCCUACUUUCAAGGCCCUGUGCUGGAGCUGGAACCGCAGCGUGGAGCAUCCUGGCUCCGGUGCGACCAGACCUGGCCCGGCAGAGUCUGUCCAUACCGGUGGAUGUGGACUCAGGGGGUGGCCUGUGUAGCAGGGCUGUUGUGUUGACGUAUCAGGAGCACCUUGGAGUGACAUACAUCACUCUGAAUGAGGAUCCCUGUCCGCGCAUGAUCAUUGAAAACAAGUGUCCUGUUUCACUGCUGCUCAGAGAAAACGUCAAAGAGACGCCGAGGACGGAGGUGUUCUGCCGUCCCCUGCCUGCCAACUCUUCUCUUCACCAUGAGCUCUACUACCACUGCUCCGCCUUCCCUGAGUGCAGGCAGCGGGAGGUGCUGCCCACCCUGCAGCUGAAGACCAUGUCUGAAAACGGCACCCCCGACUGGACAGACCCCGUGGAUAUCAACUGUCCGGGCACUCAGGUGGUUUUCCUGCCCGGCUUCGGCUGCCUCUACAUCCACGUUUGGUACCAGGGAGGCAGCCUGGUUCUGUCUCUGGCUCCAGAAGGAAGCGUGGAAGCUGCUCUCAACCAACACAGCAGGCCCUCCAGAUUGUCUGUACGAGUCCUCCUGAGUGAAGCCAGUGUUGCAUUAAGUGAUGAUAUCACAAAUCCCAGCGGCUCCAUGGAGCUGCUGAGACUCACGUUAACCAAGCUGCUGCUCAGCCUCGCUCCAGCGCCCACCUCCUUACCCGCCGAGCCGUCGGACGACUCCUCCUUGGCUUCCAGCUCCUUCUCUGUUCUGAUGACCGACGCGUCUCUGAUUGAGAUCUACUGCUACAGUCUGCAAGUUGACAACCAGCUGUACAACCGGACUAGUUUCCACUUCCCCGUCCUGCUGUGCCAAGAUCAGAGAGGAGCAUCUGAGCCCGAGGCUUCAUGGAGCAGUGAUGUCAAUCCCACAGAAUCCCCAGAACGGUUGGACCAAUUCAAAAGCUCCUGUUUUCUCCAGCUGAGGAUGACAUUGACUGGGGACCUGAGCUCAGUGGAGGAGGUGAAUUUCCAACUCCAGCCUGCCAGAGUCUACAUCGAGGACACCUUUGUUUACUACAUUAAGACCUUGUUUGACACGUACAUCCCCAGCCGGCCAGAGGAGUGGAGAAAGGAGAGGGAGCCUCUGAUUCUCCCUGAACAGGUGGUUCAGUCCGUCCAGGCGCUGGUCCACCCGGUGCGGCUGCAGAGACUCACCAUCCAGCCGGUCCAGCUGCUGGUCAGCAUCCACGCCUCCCUGAAGCUGUACAUCGCCUCCGACCACACGCCCUUGUCUUUCUCUGUGUUUGAACGAGGGCCGCUCUUCACCACCGGCAGACAGCUGGUUCACGCUCUCGCCAUGCACUACGCCGCUGGAGCGCUCUUCAGAGCCGGUUGGGUCGUGGGAUCUCUAGAGAUCCUUGGAAGUCCCGCCAGUCUGGUGCGCAGCAUUGGGAACGGCGUGUCCGACUUCUUCCGCCUUCCAUACGAGGGCCUGACGAGAGGGCCCGGGGCCUUUGUCAGUGGGGUGUCCAGAGGGACCACGUCCUUUGUUAAACACAUCUCAAAAGGCACCCUGACAUCCAUCACUAACUUAGCCACUAGCCUGGCGAGGAACAUGGACCGCCUGUCCCUGGACGAAGAGCACUACACCAGGCAGGAGGAGUGGAGACGGCAGCUACCGGAGAGCCUGGGGGACGGACUGAGACAGGGUCUGUCCCGACUCGGGAUAAGCUUGUUAGGAGCCGUAGCGGGCAUCGUGGACCAGCCCAUGCAAAACUUCCAGAGGAGCUGGGAGGUGCAAAGCUCAGCUGGGAGCAAAGCGAAGGGGGUCAUCUCUGGAGUGGGGAAGGGGAUUGUGGGCGUGUUCACUAAGCCCAUUGGAGGAGCCGCUGAACUCGUGUCCCAGACUGGAUACGGGAUUCUCCAUGGAGCAGGCCUGUGGCAGCUUCCCAAACAGCUCUACCUGCCUGCAGAGGAGAGGUCUGCUCAGGCCUCCAACAGCCACCUGAAAUAUGUCUGGAAGAUGCUGCAGUCUCUGGGGCGCCCGGAGCUCCACAUGGCCCUGGAGGUGACUAUCGUGAGUGGGUCGGGACAGGAGCACGCCGGCUGCCUGCUGCUCACCUCUGAGGUGCUGUUUGUGGUCAGCCUGUGCGAGGACACCCAGCAGCAGGCCUUUCCCAUCACUGAGGUGGAGUGUCAGCAGGAGCCGGAGCAGCAGGGCCAGCUCACCCUCACCUUACAGCAGCAGACGGUUAGCAGCGACUCUGAGAGCGAUGGUGUUCGGGAGCGUCUGUCAGAGCAGCAGUACCAGCGCCUGCUGGAUUAUGUGAUUCGAAGCUCCCAGUUCUUCUCGCCCUCCGCCGCUUCGCUCCAGCUUCAGCCUCCAGUGACCAUCGCAGAACCGCCGCCGUCUGUCACCAAGUGCUACCGCUAUCUGGUGGAUCCUGCUUCCGCCAAAGUGUUUGUUAGUAAGUUCACCAUAGUGAAGAAUAAAGCUUUACGCUUCGGAUUCCACUGAGGAGGAGAGAAUAUGAACAUUAAAGUCUGACCUGUGCUUAAAAUGUAAUGUUUGCCUUAAAAAAAAAAAACUACAUCUGUUUAUUUUCUAAAUAAAACUUUUGGAUGUUAUCUUCUUAUUUAAGUCUAACUGGUCACUCAUGCCUUAGAGAUAAAACCUUUUAUUCUGAUAUAUAAAUGUGAGCCUGCAGAGUAUUGAACACUACAGCAGAUUCAUCGGGUCUACGUCCCGUUCUCGAUGAAAUGCUUCGCUCUGCAGGACCGGCGCUUUCUGUUUACACUCUGAAAAUUGUCUCAUGCCAAUUUUAAAAAGUGCAAUAUUUUCCAGGCUGAUAGAUUCUAGAGAUACCAGCUGUUGACCAAAAGUUUUAGAUGUUUGAAUAGAGCCGGUUUGUUCCCAGUGUUCAUGCCAAACCCUACUGAUGCAAACAUGUUGCUUUUUAUAUUGUAUGAAAUGUUUUCUGUAAGUCUAAACCCUGGAAACACUUUUAAUAAUAAAGACAAAUCACAUUAA